AUGAAAUUUCUAAGUUUGGUUGGAAAUUCUUUUGGACGUUCUGCAUCUGAGGAAAGGCUAGUUUCUGCAGCAAGAGAUGGUGAUGUUCAAGAGGCUAAGGCCUUGUUGGAAUAUAACCCCCGUCUUGUGAGGUAUUCGACGUUCGGAGUUCGGAAUUCUCCUUUGCAUUACUCGGCUUCUCAUGGCCACCAUGAGAUAGUGUAUCUCUUGCUUGAAUCUGGCGUUGAUAUAAAUCUCAGGAAUUAUCGCGGUCAGACUGCACUGAUGCAAGCUUGCCAACAUGGUCAUUGGGAGGUGGUUCAGACUCUGAUCCUUUUUAAAUCGAAUAUUCAGAAAACUGAUUACCUAAAUGGAGGUAUUGCCCUCCAUUUGGCUGCUUUGAAUGGCCACACUCGGUGCAUUCGGUUCCUUCUCGUAGAUUAUAUACCAAGCAUCCCUAACUUUUGGGAUGUAUUACAGACGGGCGAUUACAAAUCAAUCGAAGAAUUUGAUCAAAGUGGUAUUUGCGAGGUGAUUAACAAAACUUCUGAUGGAGGCAUCACUGCUCUGCAUAUGGCAGCAUUGAACAGACAUGUUGAAAGUGUGCACUUGCUUUUGGAAUUGGGAGCUUCCGUGUUCUGGGAGCACUCCACUCCAUUAUGCUGCAUGUGGUGGAAAUGCACAAUGUUGUCAACUAUUGAUUGCCAAGGGCGCCAGUCUCACUGCCGAGAAUGCAAAUGGAUGGACUCCCUUAAUGGUCGCACGUUCGUGGCAUAG